UAUUUUCCUUGUAACCUGAUAAGCGAGUGUCAAAUGUGAGCUGUAACUGCGUUUUAAAUUGGAAAAACCUUAAAUUGUUCUAGUAUAUAAAACCUUUGACAAGUGCGCUUGCAACUGAGUGUUGACCAAACCUGCUUUGAUCAUAGUUUCCAUAGAUGUUCUAAAAUGUCUCUCGAUGACGUAAAAGUCACGCAUCAACAUGCGCCGAGACCGCCACCAAUUGAAUUGGGAAUAAAUGUUGAAAAACCAAAGUUUCCUCAGUAUGCCGUUUGUUCCAAACGCCUAGAAUCUUUCGCAUUGUGGCCAGAAUACCUGCCAGUAAAGAAGGAAGAUAUGGCCGAAGCAGGUCUGGUCUACACAGGCGUUGGUGACAGCGUGAGGUGUUACUUCUGUGGUGGUGGCUUAAGAAACUGGGAAAGUGGUGAUGUGCCCAUGGAGGAACAUGGCAAAUGGUAUCCUCAAUGUCCUCAUAUUUUACUUGUGAAGGGACAGGCUUACAUUGAGAGGCUUGCACGAGGCGAAAAGCCUGAAAUGGACGGUCCAGAUGGAAUAAGUAGUAAACAGGCCUAUGUCGAUACAAGUAACAGCAUAAAAACUGUAGCAGCGCAGAGUUGUAUUGAAAUGGGCUACUCCAGAGAAAUGGUAGAUCGGGCAAUAAAGAUCUUCAUCAGCAAAAGCGGUAACUGUGAUUUUAAAGGUACCGAUUUGUGCGAAAUUCUUUUUGAUAUAGAAGACAAUUCCGAAAAACAAGAAAUAAGUAUUAAUGAAGGAGAUGCAAGCAGUGAAAAUAUUGAAGACGACAGCCAAGAAGUAGCAGAUGAAGAUCAACUUGAACCACUGGAAACUCUCCUGGAAGAAAACCAUAGAUUAAAAGAGAAUCAAAUGUGUAAGAUAUGCUUGGACAGUCGAGCAGAUGUAAUAUUUCUGCCAUGUGGCCACAUGGUGAGCUGUCCACAGUGUGCUCCGGCGCUACUCAAAUGUCCUGUUUGUAGACAAACUGUCAAUGGACAAAUGAAAGCGUUCUUUUCUGUGAUUAAUACUAAGACAUGACGGCAUAGACCCUAGUAGACUCUUAUGAUAAAAAGACUUACAUCAAUUAAAUUAUGAGACUGAAGAUAAAUCUAUCAGCUCUUCAGUUUGCAUAGGGAUGACUUACCUUUGCCAUUUUUGUGCAUAUUCUGAAAAAUAGUCUACUAGGGUAAGGUGUGUGCAACUCGAGGGUUGAUUAAAUUAGAUCUAAGUGUAUAUAAAUAAAGAAGCAAAUAGACUUAAUCGUUUACUAUGUGACAUUCCAAGUCGUCUUUCUAACUGGUAUUGUAUAUUCACAUUGUGUAUUGUAUCUACCUCGUGUUCACUUCAAAAUGACUAGUCGCCUAUUGUUGUAUUAAAUAUGUUUAUGCAAUCAAAAUAUCAUUCUUUUUGUUGAAAUAUAAUUUUGUGAUAUAAAGAAGGAAUAAAUUGUUUUGUCAACAUAAAA